AUGAACAACCUGACGCUGAAACAGCUGCGCUAUUUCGAGGCUUUGGCCCGGCACGGCCAUUUUGGACGGGCCGCGGAGGCGUGCGCCAUCUCGCAGCCGGCACUUUCCAUGCAGAUCAGGGAGUUGGAGGAUGCGCUCGGCACGGCAUUGUUCGAGCGCGGCCCACGGCAGGUCCGGCUCACCGGAUUCGGCGACGAAUUUGCUGAACGCGCACGGGCGAUCCUGCGGUCCGUCGACGAGUUGGGGGACCUCGCGCGGGCAUCGCGUGACCGGCUGGCCGGUCGGUUGCGCAUCGGCGUCAUUCCGACCAUCGCGCCCUACCUGCUGCCGACCAUUAUCGGCGAUCUGGCGCGGACCCAUGGCGAUCUCGAUAUCCGGGUGCGCGAGACCGUUACGCCAAAGCUCAUGCGUGAACUGACCGAAGGCCGGCUCGACACCGCAAUCGUUGCUUUGCCCGUAUCAGAACCGUCCUUUGCCGAGACGGCCCUGUUCAAGGAGGACUUCGUGCUCGUCCGGCCGGGCGCCGACGCCGGCAAGCCGGUGCCGAGCCCCGAAAUGCUGCGCGAGAUGCGGCUGUUGCUGCUUGAAGAGGGCCACUGUUUCCGGGAUCAGGCGCUGUCCUUCUGCAAUCUGCGCUCGCCGCUGCCGCGCGAGCUUUUGGACGGCAGUUCGUUGUCGACGCUGGUCCAGAUGGUCGGCGCCGGCAUCGGCGUCACGCUGAUCCCGGAAAUGGCGGUGCCGGUGGAAACGCGCUCGGCAUCGGUCUCGGUCGCGCGCUUCGGCGACCCGCAACCGUCGCGUACGGUCGGCAUGAUCUGGCGGCGGACGAGCCCGCUUGCCAAGCAAUUGACGCAGAUCGCGGGACUUGUCCGGCAAUCCGCCGAGACGCUGCGCGUUGCGCAUUCGAUGCAGCCGGACGGUGCCUGA